CUUCCGGGUCACUGGUUAACUCAGCAGUCACUGCCGUUAGCCGCUAACGAGGGAGAAAAAAAUCCGGUCAAAAUGAAAACCUCUUUAGUAAAUGUCGCCGUUUUCUCGUUCCUGCAGGUUUUAUUGUCACUGUCGGGUUUCCAGGAGGUCGUCGAGGCCGCCAGCGGGAGAGGAUUCGGAGAUAACAUCCACUGGAGGACGCUGGAUGACGGCAAGAAAGAAGCCGAGGCCAGCGGGCUGCCCAUCAUGGUCAUCAUCCACAAGAGCUGGUGUGGAGCCUGCAAAGCACUGAAGCCCAAAUUUGCUGAAUCCAAGGACAUCUCUGAACUGGCACACAACUUUGUGAUGAUCAACCUGGAGGACGAGGAGGAGCCAAAGGAUGAAACCUUCAGCCCAGAUGGUGGAUACAUUCCUCGGAUUCUUUUCCUCGAUCCCAGCGGCAAAGUCCAUCCUGAAAUCACCAAUAAAAACGGGAACCCCAACUACAAGUACUUUUACAGCAAUGCAGAGCAAGUCGUGUCCGGCAUGAAGGAGGCUCAGGAGAAGCUGACGGGCGACGCCUUCAAGCAGGGCCACACCGGAGACGAGCUGUGAGGAGGCAGCGACGGGCAUCAGGCUGUAAGGGCUACACUUCCUCCACCGGAGCGUCAGGGCUCCCACAAAACAAACCCCUUACUCUAUUUAUACACUGCUCAGUGGGGUGCAGCUCACUGACUGAACCAAGCCAACCCUUAGAGGCGUCUUAGAGGUGCUUCAGUAUUUCUUUCUUGUCUCGUACGGUUUUCUCCAACACACUCCUGUUUUUAACCAUGUAAGCUACUCCUCUAAAUGCCAUAUUACUGUACUUCCUGUCUGUAGAGGACGCAACCGACUCCAGCUCGCCACGUUAACUGCCGUCUGUUAUUAACUCUCACUCGCUGUUCACCUUUUUAAUAUGCCAAGUUUUUAACAGAGCAAAAAUGCUUUGUUUGAUUACACUUUUUUGGUUUCCAGGAGUUUCACAAAUACAUGUAGAGCAAUGUUAAGUUGCUUCAGUUAAACCACUCGUUCACAGUUUCGCCCAGCAGCAAAGAUCCAGGAUUUCAUGUUAAUAUUUUAACACCUACAGUGAUGUGCUUCCAAAGAUCCUCUACAGUACGUUAGUUAUAUCUGUGACAAUACUCAUCGUGUACUUCUGAUUUUUAUUCACUGUCUUUUAAAUAAUAAUUCUUCAUUUAUUCCUGCCAAAUUUCUGUAUAGUUAUUCUAUAUCUACCUUUUGUUCUGCUGCUCGUGAAGUGACACCACCCCUCGUUUUUUUUUUACUGGCCUUGUUAAAACUCUUUAAAUGAGGGAUGGGAACAUUGGUUAAGUGUCCUGAUGUAUUUUAUACAUGUACACGGCCAAGUGUGCAAAUAAAGUUUGUUGUAUUGACUAA